GCUUCUGCCAGAUAGAUGGAACUCUCCAACAUGAAAAUCUGCGCAGCCAUUCCAACAAGCAGGACUGUGCCUGAGGUUGUCCCAAGGAUGCCGAAGAAAAAGACUUGCGGACUGGGAGAGCUCUUACCCCAACAUCGAGGUGUUUCACUGGUCAAUACAAUGAAGAUUGAUGGUGUGAUUGUCCAACUUGCAUCAAAGGAUAACUAUUCAUUGGCAUGCUGUUAUCAAGCAGAGAUUUCCAAAUAUGAGUUCUCUAACUGAAAGAACAGUAGCUGGAUCCAGGCAGAAAGGCCUCUGGGAACUCCCUAAGUGUAUAUGAUUUGUCUCCAGACAAAGUUGCUUCAGCAUUUUUGUCUGUUUAUUUGUUUUUGGAAUACUUCUCUUUAUAGUACCCUCCAGACUCUAACUACUAGAUGGAUUCCUGAAUUCCUUCAGAGCUGUCCCAUGUCAGAAUCCUUCAUCUGCUUC